AUGGUUCGGUGCCUUUUCUGGGCUCUACUGGGGGCUCCAGGCGCACGCGCAGCAGGGGAUGCGGCGGAUGCUGUGCCGGGAGCCUACAUCGUCGAGUUCAGCGGCGACGGGGAUGCUUAUGCCCUAUACCAGUCGCUUCUGGACGAAGGGAGUAUCGAGGUCGAGCAUCGGAGGAGCUUCGACUCCGACUUGUUUAUGGGGGCUCCAUUCCAGCUUGUGAACCCGACGAGGAACGGUCUGGUCGAGACGUUCCCAUAUGUCGGGCAUCAUCGUGGCCCAGCUGCAGGGCACAUCCACGACGGAGAUCCAAAUCGCCUCCUGCAUGGGGGCUUACGAGAACGGCACAGAUAUCAUCUCGUGCUCAGUCGGCAAGUAUGUAUUACACGUACCAAUACGUGGGGGGCACCAGCUGACCUCGCCCCCGGGUUCUCGGGCCUGGCAGACGACCCACGAGGAUCAGUUGCAUCCCGCAUCGCCGGACAGGGCAUCAUCGUCGUCAUCUCUGCCGGCAAUGAUGGGGACGAAGGACUGGUCUCAGAUUCCUCGCCGGCGACGGGCCGUGGCGUGAUAGUCCGGGGAGCCCCAGAGAGCACCGUCUUACCCAUCAUCCUGUCUGGCGGCUCGUAUGUCGACGAGGGAGCCGGCUCGACCAGAAAAAGUUUUGGGUCCCUCCAGGGAACACCGGCUGCAUCCCAGACUUACAUUGGGCAUCUGCCAGCCCUGGACCAAUCGUCAGUCCGUGAGUGA